CUUCAAUUUAACAGAUCUUUAAUCAAGCUAGACUCAUUUAAUUUAAGAGCAUGUACAAUGUCCUUCAAUUUUUCUUUUUAAUCUAUUUCCCUUAUCUCGAUUGCUGUGCUGAGUUGAUGCUCUAAUGGCGACAGCUACAAUGUCUGGCCACCCGCAUUCAGCUUCUUUAUUCAAACCCGCAUUCUCCUUCUCGUGCCCCUUCCACAAUACGUCUUCUUCGAAUAGGUUUAAGAUGUCGGCGGCCGCGCAGCCUCCUCUGUCGGAUAAUCGCGUCGUUCUGGGUUGUGGAACAAUAACUGUAGAUUUUCUGGCUGCAGUAGCUUCUUAUCCUAACCCUGAUGACAAGAUCAGGACCACCAGUGCCAAGCUUCAAGGAGGUGGAAAUGUAGGGAAUGCAUUGACUUGUGCCGCUCGUUUGGGUCUGACACCUAGGCUUAUAAGCAAGGUUGCUGAUGAUCCUCAAGGCAAAGGAAUAUUGGAUGAGCUGGAGGCUGAUGGCAUUGAUUCAUCAUUCGUCGUGGUUUCUAAAGGAGGCAAUUCACCAUUCACCUAUAUCAUUGUUGAUGAUCAAACGAAAACUAGAACAUGUAUUCACACUCCAGGAUAUCCUCCUUUGACACCGGAUGAGCUAACCAAAUCGAAAUUGCUAGCAGCUUUGGAUGGAGCAAGGCUAGUGUAUUUUGAUGGGAGGCUGCAUGAGACAGCAUUAGUUAUUGCCGAGGAGGCAUCUCGCAAAGGUAUUCCCAUUCUAAUUGAUGCAGAAAGAAAGAGAGAAGGUCUGGAUGGUCUGUUGAGCUACUCAAAGUUUGUUGCAUGGACAGGCGCACCAUCAGUGCCGAGCGCACUAGUUUCCAUGCUUCUAAAGUUGCCCAAUGUUGAAUUUGUGAUUGUCACUUUAGGUGAAGAUGGUUGUGUGAUGUUGCAGAGGUCGAGUGAAAAUAUUUCUUCCCAGGAAGUGGACGUGGAUGUUUUAUUGGAGUCGCUUAAGCAUAAGAAGGAUGGCAAUACAGUCUCGCCUAUGUGCAUACCAUCGGGAGAUUUGAAAUUGCACGCAAAAGGGAUAGGGACCGUGAGUGGCAGGUUACUUUUAGGCACAGCCGAAAGGAUUCCACACUCUGAACUUGUUGAUACCACAGGUGCUGGAGACGCAUUUAUUGGGGCUGUCCUUUAUGGCUGGCAUAGGCUGCAGAGCAUUGGGAGCCCGAACAGGUCUUCCACGACACACGGAUUCUCGGUUGAGUCAUUUUUUAGUGUAGGGAUCCCAAGUGAUGAGUAUGUAGCGAUGGACAUGAAUAUGGCUACUGGCCAUCGACUUGGGAUUUUCCUUGUGGUGUUUUUGACUGGGUUUUUCUGGACCGAUAUCCUGAUAUAUCUGUUGCAGUACUUGCCUUAGCCUACUUGAAUUUACUAUGAAUCAGCAUAUUUUUCUUUGCUUUUUGGACCAGCAAUGAAUUAAAACUGGAAUAGUAAAAAUAUUAUUUCGAAUUGUAUUGAUGUCAUGUAAUUAGUAUUACCG